GAGCGUUUCGGUGAUGAAUGACGGCGCUGACUGCAGAACUGGACCUGGACCUGGACCUGGACCUGGACCUGGACCCUAACCGGACCUGGACCCUAACCGGACCUGGACCCUAACCGGACCUGGACCCUUAGGAGACGGGCGCGCUAGCGGUGGAGAGCGAGAGAGAGAGAGAGUUACUUUGUGGGGUUGCGGAGAGCCGCGUGACAGUUUGCAGAUGCCGACAGAUGUGCCCGAAGACAGGCUCACCAACGAGAAGGCGACCAAGUGCGACGGCAUGACUCUGUCCAGCACCCAGGCGGUGCGUAGGGGCAGCACCCCUUUGCCGAUAAAGCACCAGCUCCGGCGAGAGGAAGCCGUCCACGAGGACGGCGAUUGGACCUCGGGCGCGGCCGGACCCUCCGCUCCGCCCCUCGGCUUCGGCUUCGGCCCGGCCUCGGUCGACACCCCGACCCUGGCCGUGGAGGGCCGACCCGACGGGCCCCUGAGGAUCGCCCUGCUGGGGCAGAACGGCGUGGGGAAGUCCUCGCUGGCCCUCGCCCUCGCCGGGGACACGGACAGGACGGCGUCCGUGGACUCUGAUGGGGAGGGUCACGUGAGCGCCGUCACCGUGGACGACGAGGAGAGCGCCAUCAUUAUCUUUGACAACUGGAGACAGGACCUGUCGGCCCUGCGCUGCGAGGUCGGCGUUCUGGUGUUCUCGGUGACCGACCGGCGAAGCUUCCACCGGACCGCUCAGCUGCGGCUGCUCCUCCGGGAGACGCAGCCCCAAACUCCCAUCAUCCUCGUGGGCAACAAGAGCGACCUGGUCCGCACGCGCGAGGUCACCGCUCAAGAGGCCAUGUCCAGCGCCGCCCUCUUCAACUGUCUGUACCUGGAGAUCUCGGCCUCCCUGGACCACCGCACCCCGGAGCUCCUGGAGUGCGCGGUGCGGCUCGCCAGGGGCCAGUCCCCCUGGGCCCCGGGCACCAGCGGCGAGGACAUGAACGGCGGCCAGCGCGAGAGCAUCACGUCCCGGGCCAAACGUUUCCUGUCCAGCCUGGUGCCCCGCUACCCGCGGGAGAGAGAGGUGGGCAAGUUCCUGAGGCAGAAGUCACGCUCCUGCCACGACCUGGGGGCCCUGUGAUUGUGGGCGUCGCCGAGAGACGGGGGCGGGGUUUAACAGUUAGAUUGUCGUAAGUGUACCCAGAAAAAGAAGGGGGAAGAAGGUGUGCAGCUGCCAGAGUUGAUGGCAGGACAUUUUGUACACGAGAUCGAGCAGCGGAGAUGAAAUACUGUCGUGGAACACGUGCACAUGAACUGUAGAACCGACUCAUAACACCCCAUAGAUCAAUAAAUUGCUUCUUUUUUUGGGGGGGGGAGUCUAGAGAAAGUCCGUUUGUCUUUUUGCAUUAAAGUCGUCACACAUUGUUGUUGUUGACACACACACACACACACACACACACACAUACACGCAGGUUAAGAGACUUUUGCUGAUGAAUCACGUUGUGUUCAUUUUACGCCAUGCCGUAUCCAUGGCGAUGGCGAGUGGUAAAAUAGUGGAUAGUGCCAGCGAGCAGAGAAAUACAUUUUUUUUAAAAAGAGAGUGGUUUGAGCUUCCAGAGCACGGCAAUGAGAGACGGAGCGGAGA